AUGCUAGAGGGGCGUGUUGUGGAGAUAUAUGGUCCUGAGGCGUCUGGAAAAACAACUCUAGCAUUGCAUGUAAUUGCUGAAGCUCAAAAACUAGGAGGUCACUGUGUAUUUGUUGAUGCUGAGCAUGCUCUCGAUCCCGCAUUGGCAGAGGCCAUCGGCGUGAAGACUGAAAACUUGCUGCUGUCUCAGCCAGAUUGUGGCGAGCAAGCUCUAAGUCUAGUCGAUACUCUCAUAAGAAGUGGUUCUGUGGAUGUCGUCGUCGUCGAUAGUGUAGCUGCUCUUGUCCCCAAAGGUGAACUCGAUGGUGAGAUGGGUGAUGGACACAUGGCAAUGCAAGCUAGAUUGAUGAGCCAGGCGCUUCGCAAACUUAGUCAUUCUCUGUCACAACCACGGACUAUAUUGAUCUUUUUAAAUCAGGUGAGAUCAAAGCUCUCCACUUUUGGAGGAUUUGGUGGUCCCGCUGAAGUUACUUGUGGUGGUAAUGCUUUGAAGUUCUAUGCCUCUGUGCGCCGAAACAUUCGGAAAAUAGGGCUUAUAAAGAAGGGGGAAGAGACUGUAGGAAGUCAAGUACAGGUGAAAAUUGUGAAGAACAAGCUUGCCCCUCCAUUUAGAACUGCUCAGUUUGAGUUGGAUUUUGGCAAGGGGAUAUGCCGCGUCUCUGAGAUCAUUGAUUUAGGAUUAAAGCACAAGUUCAUCACUGAGGCUGGGGACAUGUACACUUUGAAUGAUCGAAGUGUUCGUGGCAAGGAAGCUUUAAAAGGUUUCCUGAAUGGCAACGACAUUGAACGCGAAGAACUUAUGACGAAACUCAGGGAGAAGCUUCUUGUUGAGACAGAAAAGGAGUCGGAUAAAGAGGCUGCGGAUGGAGAAACUUCGGAAGAAAUUAUCUCAGCUGAAACUACGGAUGAAGAUGCAGCUACUGCAGUUGGAGCUUAAGUCAGUUUGUAUGCAGAGGUUUCCCACUGUAGUGGCUCGAUGGCUUUGCCUGCCAGAUUUUAUCUACAGCUGAUUCUUCUGAUCAUUUGGUAGUUGGGGUGCUCGUCGGACCUGAUUCAAUUGCUAAAGGUACCUUUAUGCUUCCCAUGAUUCCAGCAUUGUUGUCUUCAGUUGCGAUGAUCGCGGCCUUGUA